AUGUCAGUUGCAUACAAAAACAGAAUACAGGACUUCAAAGUAGCUUUGACUGAAGAAAACAUAGACUUGAAAACAUUAAGAGAGCUGUGCUUCAAUGGAAUUCCAUUUGAAGGAGGCAUACGGGCACUUUGCUGGAAGAUUCUUCUUAAUUACCUUCCUCUUGAUCAGACGCGAUGGGAUUUGUUCCUCAAAAAGGAAAGGGAGGUGUAUUCCCAGUUUUUGAAAGAAAUGAUCAUUCAACCUGGCAUUGCCAAAGCCAACCUGGGCCUGUCCAGAGAAGACGUUACCAUGGAAGAUCACCCUCUAAAUCCAAAUCCAGAGAGCAGGUGGAACACUUACUUCAAAGAUAAUGAAAUUCUUCUCCAAAUUGAUAAGGAUGUAAGGAGACUGUAUCCAGACAUGGCCUUUUUUCAGCGCCCUACAGACUACCCUUGCCAACUUAUCUUAGACCCUCAGAAUGAUUACGAGACGCUGCGUCGGCGAGUGGAACAAACAACUCUGAAAGCACAAACUGUCAAUCGCAACCGCAGUGGAGUAACCAAUGUCAGCUCCCCUGGAAAGUCUUUGAACCUGUAUCCAUCUAAUGAAUACGAGGUGUUGCCCAAUGGGAGUGAAGCACACUGGGAAGUGGUGGAGCGCAUUCUGUUCAUCUAUGCCAAACUCAAUCCUGGGAUCGCUUACGUCCAGGGCAUGAAUGAAAUUGUCGGUCCAAUUUACUAUACCUUUGCCACAGACCCCAACAGCCAAUGGAAAGAGCAUGCAGAAGCUGAUACAUUCUUCUGUUUUACCAACCUAAUGUCAGAAAACAGAGAUAAUUUCAUCAAGAGCCUGGAUGAUUCUCAGUGUGGUAUUACGUACAAAAUGGAGAGUGUGUAUUCAAUGUUGAAGGGAAAAGACCUGGAGCUCUAUCUCAAACUGCAAGAACAAAAUAUCAAGCCCCAGUACUUCACCUUCCGCUGGCUGACCCUGUUGUUAUCACAGGAGUUCCUCCUUCCAGAUGUCAUCCGCAUUUGGGAUACUCUCUUUUCUGACCAGGACCGCUUCCACUUCCUCAUACUGGUCUGCUGUGCCAUGCUCAUCCUGAUCCGGGAUAACUUACUGGCAGGAGACUUCACAGUGAAUAUGAGAUUACUACAGGAUUACCCCAUCUCAGAUGUCCACACCAUUCUUACCAAAGCCAAAGAGCUGCAGGACAACUCUUAA